AUGGCGCAAAAGAAAUAUCUCCAAGCAAAAUUAACCCAGUUUUUAAGGGAAGACAGAAUUCAACUUUGGAAACCUCCAUAUACUGAUGAAAAUAAAGAAGUUGGUUUGGUAUUAAAGGACCUUGCUAAGAAAUACUCUGACAAGUUAGAAUGUUGUGAAAAUGAGGUACAAAAAAUGAUAGAAGAAAUACGGUGCAACGCAAUUGAGCGUGGGACAGGAAAUGAAAAUUAUAAAACAACAGGAAUUGCUACAAUUGAGAUAUUUUUACCAAGACUAAGAAAAGACAAGAAAAACUUGUUGGAGACCCGAUUACAUAUCACUGGCAAGGAGCUGAGAUCCAAAAUAGCUGAAACCUAUGGAUUUCAAGAAAAUUACAUCAAAAUUGUCAUAAAUAAGAAACUGCUUCAACUAGGAAAAACACUGGAAGAACAAGGAGUGACGCACAAUGUGAAGGCUAUGGUGCUUGAACUAAAGCAGUCUGAAGAGGAAGUGAGAAAGGUAGAAGAAGAAGAACAAACUGAAGCAGAACUCAAAGAAAAAAAAAUAGAGAGGACCAAGAGAGGACUGGAAAUACUGGCUGAGAGAGCUGAGAUGGUGGUGGAUCCAGAAACUACACCUUACUUAGACAUAGCCAACCAGACAGGCAGAUCAAUCAAGAUUCCCCCCUCAGAAAGAAAAGCUCUUAUGUUAGCUAUGGGAUAUCAUGAGAAGGGCAGAGCUUUCCUGAAAAGAAAAGAAUAUGGAAUAGCGUUGCCAUGUCUGUUGGACGCCGACAAGUAUUUCUGUGAGUGUUGCAGAGAGCUGCUGGACACAGUGGAUAACUACGCCGUGCUCCAGCUGGAUAUAGUGUGGUGCUACUUCCGCUUGGAGCAACUGGAAUGCCUUGAUGAUGCAGAAAAAAAAUUAAAGUUGGCCCAGAAAUGCUUUAAAAAUUGCUAUGGAGAAAACCAUCAGAGACUGGUCCACAUAAAAGGAAAUUGUGGUAAAGAGAAGGUAUUGUUCUUAAGACUUUACUUGCUUCAAGGUAUUCGAAACUAUCACAGUGGAAAUGGUGAAGAGGCUUGUGAGUAUCUCAACAAGGCACGUCAGCUCUUUAAAGAGCUAUACAUUGAUCCAUCAAAAGUUCAUAAUUUGUUACAGUUGGGAUUUACAGCACAGGAAGCCCGGUUGGGCCUGAGGGCAUGUGAUGGGAACGUGGAUCAUGCAGCUACUCAUAUCACCAACCGAAGAGAGGAAUUGGCCCAAAUAAGGAAAGAAGAAAAAGAGAAGAAAAGACGGCGCCUGGAGAACAUCAACUUUUUGAAAGGAAUGGGCUACUCCAUACAAGCAGCCAAGCAGGCUCUUCGCCAGGCCAGUGGGGACCUGGAUGGAGCCCUCAAUAUUCUGUUCAGUCAUCCACAGAUGUGGUUAAAUGAUUCAGAACCUGAAACCAGCAGCCUUCAAGAAAGUCCUUCUCAGGAAAAUAUUAACCAACUGGUGUACAUGGGCUUUGAUGCUGUCACUGCGGAAACAGCACUGAGAGUGUUCAGGGGAAACGUCCAGCUGGCAGCACAGACCCUUGCGUACAACGGCGGGAGUCUUCCUCCUGACCUGCACCUCUCAGCAGAAGAUUCUUCUUCAUCAACACCGUCCGUAUCCCCUUCCGAUUCUGCAGGUACUUCUAGUGCCUCAACUGAUGAAGGUAUGGAGAUAGAGGCAGUCAAUGAAAUAUUGGAAGACAUUCCAGAACAUGAAGAAGAUUAUCUUGACUCAACUCUGGAAGAUGAAGAAAUUAUUAUUGCAGAGUACUUAUCCUAUGUGGAAAACUUAAAGUCUGCAACCAAGAAAAACUAA